AUGGGUUUAGCUGCAGCAAGCCUCCUUUUGGUUGGAAUCUCAGGGUUCGCUUCUCAUUCAAAGAGGAAGUUUCGCCGUUUGGCUGCCUGCUAUGGCUCUCGAGAUCAUGAACCUGUUAUACAUCUUCAGAAUAGCAUGAUGAUGAUGAACAAUGGUGGUGCUUACGAGCCAUACAAUGGCGAACCGAGCAUGCUGCUGAGUGGGGAUCAGAGAAGAGGUCCGUUGUGGCAGAAGAACAUUCUCAUGGGAGGCAAGUGCCAGCUCCCAGAUUUCUCAGGUGUUAUCUUGUAUGAUGCCGAUGGGCUUGUUGUUCCACCGGCCAAUAACUCUCUUCCUCUGCUCACAUGGAAGUAA